UCCAGGCCCUGUUUGGUUGCAGGGGAUUUCAAUCUCCACCAUUCAUCCUGGCAGACCAAUACAAUCAACUCAGCAGGAGCAGAGCAUUUCCUGCAAUGGGUAGAUCAUCAGGGGAUGACCUUGAUGCUUGAGCCAAACACCCCAACACAUGAUAGCAACACCAUUGACCUUGCAUGGGCCAAUAGGCCUCUGGUCUGCCUAGGAACACACACAGAGCCAACACCAGGAUUCCCAGUCCUAGCAGACCACACAGCUCUGUCCACAACUGUCCAUUGGCACCCUAUCAACAACACAAAGCCUGUGCCGCCCCUCCGAAUGGCCACUAUGCAGGAAGACAUCUUUCAUUCAGUCAUCCACAAGGAAGCAACAGCUUUGGGCAAACCACCACCAGCACAGCAAGACCUCACACCUGAAGCUUUAGACCAUUACACUUCUGCAAUCACACAAGCAAUCACAAAUGCCCUGGAAGCAUCCACAAAAAGAGCCCAUGCUCACCCAUCAGGUCAUAGAUGGUGGAACAAGGACUGCCAG